CACGCACCCGGGGAGGCGGCAUCGGCCUGCGCUGGGCCCAGGAACCAUCGUGCUGCUUGGGGGAGGGUUUCUGUUUGUGUCUUGAAGAGGGAAGUUUUCUUUCUUCCUGGAGUGUUUGGCGUAAAUGUAGCAUGAGAAGCGCGAGCUCCACGCCUCCUUGUAAAAGAGCAGUUGGUGUUUCUGCCGAGCAGAUCAGCUACCGUCAGCAAGAGAGCGUGGACGCCCCCCAUGCGGGCUGGCCUCGAGCGGCGGGUGAGGGUGAGACCCUGCUCAGCCCUCUGGAGCAGCCGGCUCCUGCCUCUGAGUUUGCCCAUCCUGAACCUUCCCGUGGGUGAAUCAUGCCAUGUGUCGGGGCCCAGUGCUGGCGUGUGUCCGCGCUUCGCUCCUGGCUGCUGAAUGGUGUUCCAUGUCUUGUUUGUCCAUUUAUUCAUUGAUGGACACUUGGCUUGAUUCCACCAGUUGGCUGCUGUGGGCAAAUCUGCUGAGCAUGUGUGGAUGUGUGCUGGUGAAGAGCACGUACCUGGGGUGGAAUUGCUGGGUCUUAACUGUGGUCCUUCCGUAGCUUCUUGGGAGCCAUCUAACGGUUUCCCGCAGCAGCUGUGCUAUUCUGCGCUCCCCCAGCGACGUGGGAGACCGGGUCUCUCCAGCUCCAGGUCCUGACAGCCGUCCUGCCGGGUGGGCUGGUGCGCUUUGCAUUUCCCUGACUGACCUGCUGAGCAGCUUUCCACGGGCUUCUCCGGAUCUCUGGGGAAAGUCGCCUCAAAUCCUCUGCCCAUUUUUAAAGCCAGGUUUUUGUCAUGUGGUCGUAAGAACGUUUCAUACGUUCUGGCUGCUAGACCCUGAUCAAACACACGGUUUGCAAAACACACGGUGGUCUCCUGUAGGAUAUCUUUUCACUUUCUUUAUGGUGUCCUUUGAUUCAUGGAAGAUGUUAGGUUUGAUGUUCUUUUGUUUUUUCCUUUGUUUGCCUGCACGGUCAUGAAAAUUUACCUACAUUUUCUGCUUCUAAGAGUUUCAUAGUUUUCAUCCCCACACUUAUGUCAUUGAUCCAUUUUGAGUUAAGUUUCGAAUAUGGCGUGAGGUACGGGUCUGACUCCUCCUUUAGCAUUUAGAUCCAAUUUUCCUAGUGCGUUGGUUGAAAAGACCAUCGUUCCCCCCUGAACACUCUUGACACCCUUGUCAGAAACCCCUGACCACAGCCUUCCCUUGCAGCCACACGCACUCGCCCGGGCCCAUGGCCGCGGUCGGGGAGUGGGCCUGCGCACGCUGCACCUUCCUGAACCCGGCUGGCCAGCGCCAGUGCUCCAUCUGCGAGGCCCCGCGGCACAAGCCCGACCUGGACCAGAUCCUGCGACUCAGCGUGGAGGAGCAGAAGUGGCCGUGUGCCCGCUGCACAUUCCGCAACCUUCUGGGCAGGGGGGCCUGCGAGGUGUGUGGCUUCGCCCCUGAGCCCGGCCCAGGGGCCUCCCCGCUGCCCAUCAUCAACGGGGCGCCCCCAGAGCCCCCGGGCAGCUGCCGGGACGAGGUGGGGCCCCUGCGGACAGCGGGGCCGGUGGCCGUGGAGCCAGCAGGCGGCCGGCCAGCGGAAGCGGAGGGGCAGGAGGGGGGCGCAGCCGUGCCUGGGAGCGGCUGGGCCUGCCAGCGCUGCACGCUGCAUAACACUCCCGUGGCCAGCUCCUGCUCGGCCUGCGGGGGGCCCCGGAAACUCUCGCUGCCCAGGAUCCCUCCCGAGGCACUUGUGGUCCCGGAAGUUGUGGCUCCUGCAGGCUUCCCCGGCGUGCCGGCCCCUGCCCAGCCUGGGGAAGGUGCCGAGGCGAACCCUCCUUCUGCCGUGGACCAGGAGCCCCCCCGGGGGCCACCCUUCAGCCCGUUCUCACCCACCCUCCAGAACAACCCUGUGCCUCGCAGCCGCCGCGAGGUGCCCCCCCAGCUGCAGCCACCGGUGCCUGAGGCCGCCCAGCCCUCGCCCUCUGCCGGCUCCAAGGGGCCCCCCCAGGGCCUGGGGCGGCCCGCAGCCGGGGCCUCCCGCCUGUCAGAGCUGCUGUCAGGCAAGCGACUGAGCUUCCUGGAGGAGGAGGCAGCUGAGGGGGGCCCUACGCUGCGCCUCCCGGGGCCCGCCAGCCCUGCUCACUGCGAGGCCGGCAGCACGACGCCGGGCAGCGACAUCAUUGACCUGGGUGGUGAUAGUGUGCGUUACACGCCGGCCAGCCCCUCCAGCCCUGACUUCACCACCUGGUCGUGCGCCAGGUGCACGCUCAGGAACCCCACGGCAAACCCCCGGUGCACGAUGUGCGGCUGCUCCAAGCUUCACGGCUUCCAGGAGCACGGCGACGCCCCCGCCCACUGCCCCGACUGCAGUGCAGACAGGCCCGGGCCCUGCCCAGCCCACAAGGCCGGCCGCCCCCUCCCCGUGGCGCCGUCUGAGCGCCCGGGCCAGUGGGCCUGCCCUGCCUGCACCCUCCUCAACGCGCCUCGGGCCAAGCACUGUGCCACCUGCCACACCCCCCAGCUCCUGGCGGCCCAGCGCCGGGGCGUGGCGCCGCUGCGGCGCAGGGAGAGCGUGCUUGUGGAGAAGCGGCGGCAGACGGAUGAGGGCGAGGCCAAGGCCCUGUGGGAGGACAUCGUGGCCUUCUGCCGGGAGAACAGUGUGAACUUUGUGGACGACAGCUUCCCCCCCGGGCCCGCAUCUGUGGGCUUCCCCGCGGGUGACAGCGUCCAGCAGCGUGUGCGACAGUGGUUGCGGCCGCACGAGAUCAACUGCUCCGUCUUCAGGGACCAUGGCACCUCCUGGUCCGUGUUCCACACACUCCGGCCUUCCGACAUCCUGCAGGGUCUCCUGGGGAACUGCUGGUUCUUGAGCGCGCUGGCAGUGCUUGCUGAGCGGCCAGACCUGGUUGAGCGGGUGAUGGUCACACGCAGCCUGUGUGCAGAGGGUGCCUACCAGGUGAGGCUGUGCAAGGACGGCACAUGGACGACAGUGCUGGUGGACGACAUGCUGCCCUGCGACGAGGCCGGCUUCCUGCUCUUCUCCCAGGCUCAGCGCAAGCAGCUGUGGGUGGCCCUCAUCGAGAAAGCGCUGGCCAAGCUGCACGGCUCCUACUUUGCGCUCCAGGCUGGGCGCGCCAUAGAGGGCCUGGCCACACUCACCGGUGCCCCCUGUGAGAGCCUAGCCUUGCAGGUCAGCUCCACGAACCCCCGUGAGGAACCGGUGGACACUGAUCUCAUCUGGGCCAAAAUGCUGAGUUCUAAAGAGGCUGGGUUCCUCAUGGGCGCCUCCUGUGGUGGGGGCAACAUGAAGGUGGAUGACGCUGUCUAUGAGAGUCUAGGCCUGCGUCCCCGCCACGCCUACUCCAUCUUGGAUGUCCGGGAUGUCCAGGGCUCCAGGCUCUUGCGCCUACGGAACCCGUGGGGCCGCUUCUCCUGGAAUGGCAGCUGGUCAGACGAGUGGCCACACUGGCCGGGACACCUGCGGAGUGAGCUCAUGCCUCAUGGCAGCAGUGAGGGUGUCUUCUGGAUGGAGUACAGUGACUUCGUCAGGUACUUUGACUCCGUGGAUAUCUGCAAGGUGCACUCGGACUGGCAGGAGGCUCGGGUGCAAGGCAGCUUCCCCAGCUCGGCCAGUGGGCCGGUGGGCGUGACGGCCCUCACGGUGCUGGAGCGUGCCUCCCUGGAGUUUGCCCUCUUCCAGGAGGGCAGCAGGCGCGCGGACUCAGUGGACAGUCACCUCCUGGACAUGUGUGUCUUGGUGUUCCGGGCCUCCUUCGGUAGCGGCGGCCGCCUGAGCCUGGGCCGCCUGCUAGCCCACAGCAAGCGCGCCGUGAAGAAGUUUGUCAACUGUGACGUGAUGCUGGAGCCGGGCGAGUAUGCCGUGGUGUGCUGUGCCUUCAACCACUGGGGCCCCGUACCCGGCCCACCCGCUCUGCAGGCCUCCAGCCCCUCAGCGGGGGCCCCGCGGAGCACCCCGGAGGCGCCCGGCCACGUGCUGGCCGUGUACAGCUCGAGGCUCGUCAUGGUGGAGCCCGUGGAGGCCCAGCCGACCACGCUGGCCGACGCCAUCAUCCUGCUCACGGAGAGCAGGGGCGAACGGCACGAGGGCCGCGAGGGCAUGACCUGCUACUACCUGACUCACGGCUGGGCAGGGCUCAUCGUGGUUGUGGAGAACCGGCACCCCAAGUCUUACCUGCACGUGCAGUGCGACUGCUCUGACAGCUUCAACGUGGUGUCCACGCGCGGCAGCCUGCGCACCCAGGACAGCGUGCCGCCCCUGCACAGGCAGGUCCUGGUGAUCCUGUCACAGCUGGAAGGAAAUGCCGGCUUCUCCAUCACCCACCGCCUGGCGCACCGCAAGGCAGCGCAGGCCUUCCUCAGCGACUGGACGGCCUCCAAGGGCAGCCACAGCCCCCCACUCACGCCCGAGGUCGCUGGUCUGCACGGCCCCCGGCCGCUGUGACCUCCCUGCCCCCACCCGCCUGCCCCCACACGCACUUUAUGAGGGAGACCCCAACAGGACGCUUGAACCACAAUCUCAGGACCCCCACCCAGGGAGCUCCAGCCACAGGCACAGCUCCCCUGGCCCUCCCCCCCGCCCCUCCCUCUUGCCCAGGGCCUCCCAGCCACCCAGCAGAUUACCUCGAACCCAUCUCCAGCUCUAGGGGGCUGUGUGCCAGCCUCUCUGACCAGCCCACCUUGAGGUCUGGCUUCAAUCUCCAGGAUCAGGGUGAGGCUGCCCCUUCUCCAUGGGCCUGGGUCUCCUUCUCUGGUCAGGCAGCCAUGUGCUCCAAAACCAAAUCUGGGCAGGUCAGAGGCCAAGACCCCACCCAGAAUGAGAGCAGGGACCACCCUCGUCAUAGGGGUCAGAGGUCAGGAUUCCAGGUUGAGAGCAGGGACCAUUUCCGUUUUGUGAGCAGAGGCCAGGACCCUGAGAUGAGCAAGGACCAGCCCUUUGUUGGGUCAGGCCAGGACCCCAGGGUGAAAGUAGGGACCACCUCUAUUUUAGGGGAUCAAGGCCAGGGCCCAAGGAUGAGAGCAGGGACCACUCCAGUUCGGGGAGGUCAGAGGUCAAGAUCCCAGGGUGAGAGUAGGGACCACCCCUUUGUGGCCAGAGGUCGAGAGCCUUCCCUCAGUUUGCCCCCAUAUCCCACCUCACCCCCAAGCCCUCAUGCGGCCAGCAGGGGUCCCUAGAGCCCCAGCAGGGUCUGAGAAGGCAGGUGCCUGGCAACUGGGCUGAACCAGGGUGGGGAGGGACACUAUGCAAUUCCUGGCGUGCCAGCCAGGAUCGAAGCCAUGCCCUGGGCCGGGGCUGGGGUGGUGGUCAGGUGGGUCUGGGCCCAGCCCUGUGCUUAGCACCACCUGACCUGCAGGAGAAGCAGAGUCCCAGAGUCCCCUGGGCCAUGUCCAGGCGCAAUCAGGGUGGGCCCCAGCCCCACAGCCCUCCCGCCGAGCCAGCGUUCUCCCUGUCUGCUCAGCCCUGAGCUCUGUCUGCCUGGGGACGACU